AUGUCCAUCCAAAUCGACGCUGAAGCCAUCGCGCGUCUCUCCCUGCACGACCCUAAUCACUUCAGCAUCCAGCACUCCCAGACUGCUCAUCGUCUAGCACUCCUGCACCACUGGAACAUCCCCACCAGCUCGAAAGUGCUAGAACUAGGCUGCGGACAAGGCGAUUGUACCACUGUUCUUGCCUCUGCUGUGGGCGAGCAGGGUGAAGUCGUAGCAGUUGACCCAGCAGACCUGAACUAUGGUGCUCCAUACACCCUAGCUCAAGCCCAAUCCCACAUUUCGCAAGGACCUUUAGGCAAGCGAAUAACCUGGGUACAAAACUCGCCAUUGCAGUAUCUCUCUUCUCUUCCCGACGGCAAAACCUUCGAUGCAGCGGUUCUGGCUCAUUGUUUGUGGUACUUUCCCUCGCCUUCACUGAUUGUGGAGACGUUCCGUGCACUCAAACAACACACCAAACGCCUCUUACUAGCUGAGUGGUCAUUAGUCGCAACCCAUCCCUCUGCUCAACCUCAUGUCCUCGCUUCCCUCACCCAAGCAGCACUAGAAUGCCGUAAAACCACCAGCACCUCCAACGUCCGCACUGUAUUGAGUCCAAAACGACUUGCACAGCUCGCUAUAUCUGCAGGUUGGAAGCUGGAGAUCGAGAGGCUUGUGCAACCGACAGAGGGAUUGCUGGAUGGAGAGUGGGAGGUUUCUACUUGUCUUUCUGCCUCUUUCGAAAAGGAGGUCGAGGAAAAUGUCAGUGAUGAGAGGGAACGGGGCGUAGUGUUUGCGCUGAGAGAUGCGUGUGAGGCAAGUCUGGAAGGUGUGCAAGGUGGUAAGAAGGGUGUACGAGCAAUGGAUGUAUGGGUCGCUAGUUUCGUCUGA